CUGCCCGGCUAGGUCGGCACAGGCAUCUGUUGGGGCUGAUCCAUGGGGCAGACGGUGGGAUGCGGCUGACUCAGCCUCCUGGGAGCCACCGGUGCUCUGGGGAGAGGGACACCCCCUUAGGGACACGUCCCAGGUCCCAUGGGGGUGCGGCGUGAGGCAGCAGCAGGGCAGGGUCCCACUGCAUGGGGACCCCGCUGCCACCCUGCUCUGUGGGAAAGGUCCCAUCUGGCCACACCGGCCCCGCCAGGGCGGUGGCUGCAAGUUCCUGUAGGUUGGAGAUACCGAUGAGCUGUUGCAAAACUAUUACUAAGGCAAAAUCAUUUUAAAAGUGGGUUACAAUUGCGUAAUCUGGGGCUCUGAGCAAUGGCUGCUGGUGGGCCCACAGCUGGGGGACGAGAUCUCUGCUCUUGCUGCCGAGUCUGCAGUGCCCAGACCAUCCCUGCAGGGGAUGGGACAUCACCUGGAAGGAGCUGCUGGUGUUUCCUGUGGAGGAAUCCGUCUCCGCUGAUCUCCCUGCCAGAUUUGACCUGCCUUUGUUGUUCAAGCCAAGCGUGUGUGUGCAUGUGUGCAGACAAGAACCUCUCCGGGAGCUGUUUGCCAGACUCACCCAGUUACUGGGAAGUGAACCAACCACCUUCCCCUCCUCUCGCACACUCAGCGCCUCAGACAAACCCUGGGCGUGCAGGAGGGCUGCGGCUGGGAAGGAGCUUCCCUGCUCCGAGAGGCACCUGGAUCCAGACACCUUCCUCCAGCCCUUUCCCACCUGGACAGCACGGGGAUUGGCACAGAGCUUGGCACGGAGAUCGCGUCCCCUUCCUGCCCCGCUGCGGGUCCAUGACUGGGGCCAGCGCUGGGCUGAACCGGGCAUACGGGUGCUGGGCAGCCCUGGGACACCGCAGUGCACUGGGUGAGAGGACCCUGAUCACCAGUUUGCCAUCACAUCCCAGCCAUGUCCUGUGCUGGACAUUUCCCACCCCACAGCCCCCGGUGAGCAGGGAAGGAGCCUGAGCCUCCUCCAGGUCAGGUGACUCUGGACUCCCUUGGCUGCCAUGGAUUGGAAAACGCUGCAGGGGCUGCUCAGCGGGGUCAACAAGUACUCCACAGCCUUCAGCCGCAUCUGGCUCUCCGUGGUCUUUGUCUUCCGUGUGCUGGUCUAUGUGGUGGCGGCCGAGCGUGUGUGGGGCGACGAGCAGAAGGACUUUGACUGCAACACGCGGCAGCCGGGCUGCACCAAUGUGUGCUAUGACCACUUCUUUCCCAUCUCCCACAUCCGCCUCUGGGCCCUGCAGCUCAUCUUUGUCACUUGUCCUUCCCUCCUGGUCAUCAUGCACGUGGCCUACCGGGAGGACCGCGAGAAGAAGAACAGGGAGAAGAAUGGGGAGAAUUGCCCCAAGCUCUACAGCAACACGGGCAAGAAGCACGGCGGGCUGUGGUGGACCUACCUGCUCAGCCUCUUCUUCAAGCUUAUCAUAGAGAUCCUGUUCCUCUACCUCCUCCACAAAAUGUGGGACAGCUUUGAUUUGCCACGGCUGGUCAAGUGCACCAACGUGGAUCCCUGUCCCAACACUGUGGACUGCUAUAUCGCUCGGCCAACUGAGAAAAGGGUCUUCACCUAUUUCAUGGUCGGAGCCUCCUCCAUCUGCAUCAUCCUCACCGUCUGUGAGAUCUUCUACCUCAUCUUCAAGCGAGUUGUCCAGAGGGCAAGGAAGUGGAAGAAAUCCACCAAGCGCUCUGUCAGCUACAGCAAGGCCUCCACCUGCCACUGCCACGUCAAGUCGGAGGAGAAGGACAACAAGUCCCAGCCUAGGUGUGUGACAGCCCUGACUGCUGUCUGAGGGGUGCUGGGAAGGGUGGUGGGGGGAAGAAGUGUCCUGGCAUGUGCCAGGGAUGGUUGGCACCAGAGCUGGACCACCAGUGAUGCCACCACCAGACUGUUCAGCCAGGACCUUGAUGGCUGUAAGGGGAGGGGGAUACAUCCAUGGGAACUCUCCUGCUUGGGACCAUGGGUGGACAGGCUUGGUGACAGGUGGGUGCUGGCUGCCUGUGGCCAUGCCUGAGGGUGUCUGUUCUUCCCACAGAGAAGAGCUGUGAGCUCGCCCAUCCCAGCCGGUUCACAUUCCCCUCGACUUGGCUUUUCCAGCCUGCCAAGUCCCUGAACCCUCAAGAGUCAACCCAUGUGAAAAAUGAAUAAAACCCCACAAAAUAAUGUCCCUGGAGAGAGACCCAUGUGUACCUAAGCAGACCCAGGUAAGGCAAGGGCAGCCCUGGAGCUCUGCAGGCGGUGGUGCCACAAGCACGGACAUCACAGCAGCACACAGAUCCUCCACGCCCAGCAGCUUCUCUUGGGCCCUGCAGCUCUGCUGGGAGUGAGGGCACCAGUUGGUGCCCAGCCAGGGCUGGUGUCACCCAGUGCAGAACCAGUGCUCCCAGCUCAGUGUGCCUCACACAUGCACAGUCCCGAACACUGCUUUCUUUUGUACCAAGAAACCAAAGGAAUUCUGGGCUCCGUGGUGAGAGCUCUCUUCAUGUACUCAAAGUAAUGACAGAGGAGCAGGGCUCCGGUCUGUUGGCAACUGCUCUGCUGGCCCAGUUUGCCCAGUUUGCUAAACCAGGGUCAGGGUAGCUUCUCCCCCGUGGCUCACACUAGCACCGAGCCAUGUCCUGUCCAAAUGCCUUUGCUGGCUCUGCUGCUUCCCUUGGUGCCUCUGUGCCCCCACUCACCUCAGAUGCACAUCACACAAGGCGUGAGCUACUGAUCCAAAUAGCCAAUAAAUGUCAUGUUCAGAGACACCAGGAUCUCCUCUGCAUGCUGGAAACUGGGGGACUGGUGAGGGCAGAAGACAUGGAUUUGCAGACGUUCCCCAGGAGUCCGCAGCCACCUGAGCUCAUCCACCUGAGCUGGGCAUUGGUCAAGCCCACGGCCAAGCUCACGUCUGCCCGUUCCGCCUCUCCUGGCUUGUCACGCAUCGUUAAACUUUAAUUCAGCAGAACCGCUUGCUGACCCCCAAGGAAAUCAAGGAGGGAUGAGUAUCAAUUAUUUACUAAACCUUGAUAAAUAUUACAAUAAAUAGAAAUGAUUUCCA